AUGGCUCUUAUACCAAGCGUGCCAUUCCCUCCCCAGACGAGCGCGCGCCCGCUGGCCAUUUUUUCUCCAGCCCCGACUUCGGGCCACGCCUGCCUCGUCAGCCCGAGAGGCGCCGCCUGCGCCGCCUGUGCGCUGACGGCCUUCUUUUUGAGGAGGCCACUGCGUGCGGGCAGACGUGCGGAGAACAUGCCAGAGCCGCCAGGCGCGGCCGCAGAAGGCGAGAUGGCUGGUGGCUCCUAUGAGAUCAUGAAAACCAGCGGCGUGGAGUGGACGAAGAUGUUCAAGGCGGCCGAUGACUUCGCCAAGAAGAACAACCUCCGAAAGCUGGGCGACUCAAAAGAUGCAGCCGCCAAAUGGGCGGCCUUCUACCCAGAUGAGUCCGUCCGCGGCUUGCGCGACUGGCUGGACGGCCGCGGCCUGCGCCGGCACUUCGACGCAGUCAACGAGUGGUGCAAGACCAUGGGAGCUGAUGACAUCAUGGAUCUCAUCGAAAAUACCGAGGACCUAGAGCCAAGCAUCUUUACAGGUUGGCAAAUUGGCUUGCAGGACAUUGUGGAGUAUUUGGGUGAAGAGCUAUCCCAGCAGUGCAGCGUUCAAUUCCUGAAGUAUUUUGUACUCUCAAGAUCUCUCAAGCUGAUGGCAAAUACUCGGCGCCUGGCAGCUGCUGCUGUGGCAGUCCUUGUGCUGAGGUCCGGCCUGUCGUUUCUGCUGCCAGAGGCCGGAGAGCGGCGCUGUGGUCGACGAGAGGCUUUGGCGGCUGGACUGUACGCUGGCUUUCAGGCCACCAGUGCGCUGGCACUGAAUGACGCGAGGCAAGACUCCAUUUGCAGCUACAAGUGUUUGGCCACCUGCAAUCAGAAGGCGCCAAACAACGACGAGUAUUGCCAGAAGGCCUGCAAGCUGUACUGCGAACAAUCCAAAGCUGAGAGGGAUUUGAACUCCAAUGUGAAGAAAGGGAGCAUUGUGGACAAGAUCCUUGACAAGUCUCGGAAGAAGAAAUUUGACGCCAACCGCGCGGAUAACGAGAGAACGGAGAACCUGGACCUUUUCAUCGGUGGGCAACUGUCAAUGAGCAACGUCACCGACUACGCCAACGGCAUCAAGGAGACUUCCAAAAUCAAGGACAUGCUGAAACGGUGACGCGUCAUCACCUUCG